AUGAGGGAGACGUACGUUGCUUCUUGGACAGAGGACAUUCGUGAAGCCAUGAGGGCAGCCUCUGCUGAGGAUGUCCCAGAAAACACAGCUGACUCAGGGGAGUGCAGCAAGGAAGACGAGGCCGGUGCAGAGCAGGGCAGGGCCUGGGGUCCUUGCAGCCCAGGGGCCGGUCCUCUCCCCUCCCCCGGGAUGUGCUCUCUGCAGCCCCCUGCUCGGCCCUUUCUCGCUCUGCUGCUUCUGGUUUCCAUCAAACAAAUUUCAGGAUCUCUCCUUCAGGAGACAACUCGAAAGUGGGCUCAGUACAAAGAGAAGUGCCUGAGAGACUUACUCAAAAAACCUUCUGGCAUAUUUUGUAAUGGAACCUUUGAUCGGUAUGUAUGCUGGCCUCAUUCUUCUCCGGGAAAUGUCUCCGUUCCCUGCCCGUCAUACUUACCUUGGUGGCGUGAAGAGGACUCAGGAAGGGCCUACCGACGCUGCUUGGCUCAGGGCACUUGGCAGACGAAGGAGAACUCCACAGGUAUUUGGCAGGAUGACUCCGAAUGCGCUGAGAACCACAGCUUCAAAGAAAACGUGAAACACCAUGGCUUGCUGUCCACCUUGCAGCUGCUGUAUACUGUGGGGUAUUCGCUCUCCAUUGUCUCCCUCCUCCUGGCUCUCACUGUCCUCCUGUGUCUUCGAAAACUCCACUGCACACGCUACUACAUCCACAUGAACUUGUUUGCCUCUUUUAUCCUGCGAGGCGUGGCCGUGCUAGUAAAGGACGUCAUCAUCUACCACUCUUACUCCAAGAAGCCCGACAGUGAGAAGCAGUGGAUGUCCUAUGUGUCAGAGAUCUCCACCUCCUGCCGCUCUGCCCAGGUCCUCCUGCACUACUUCGUGGGGGCCAAUUACUCCUGGUUUCUGGUGGAAGGCUUUUACCUCCACACGCUGCUGGAGCCUACAGUGCUUUCUGGAAGGCGGCUGUGGCCCAGAUACCUGCUGGUGGGUUGGGCCUUCCCACUGCUGUUUGUUGUGCCCUGGAGUGUCGCCCGUGCAAAGCUGGAGGACACAGGGUGCUGGGGAACGAACAAUAAUAAGCCAAUCUGGUGGAUCAUCCGAGGACCCAUGCUCCUCUGUGUAGCAGUCAAUUUCUUCUUCUUCCUGAAAAUUCUCAAGCUUCUCAUCUCUAAGCUCAAAGCCCAUCAAAUGUGCUUCAGAGACUAUAAAUACAGGUUGGCAAAAUCAACGCUGGUUCUUAUUCCUUUAUUGGGUGUUCAUGAGAUUAUCUUCUCUUUUGUCCCUGAUGAUCAAGUUCAAGGAUUUUCAAGACUUAUACGACUCUUCAUUCAGUUGACUCUGAGCUCCUUCCAUGGGCUGCUUGUGGCCUUGCAGUAUUGCUUUGUCAAUGGAGAGGUGAAGGCCGAGCUUCGGAAGCACUGGGUCCGCUUCCUGCUAGCCCACCACUCAGGCUGCAGAGCCUGGGUCCUGGAGAAGAAUUUCCGGUUCCUGGGGAAUUUUCCCAAGAAGUUCUCCAAGAGAGACAGUGCCAGGGCCCUGCAGAGGUCUCAGUCCUUGCCUGGUGGUGGGCAGCUACUGCAGCUGACUACGCAGGGCCCGGGGGAGCCGGGCACCAGGUCCCAGCGAGGCCAUGCAGCCUGGUCCUAUGGCAGCAGCCUGUCCGAGAGCAGUGAGGGAGACUUCUCUCUGGCCCACACCAUGGAGGAGAUUCUCGAAGAGAGUGAGACCUAGGCAGGCAGCUGAACUCUGGCUCUGCCCAUUGGGGACUCCUGAGAUGGGUGGCAGAGGAGGCCAAGCCAGACGGGUAUUAUGGGAAAUGCUCAUUAUACUCCUCCUGCACUCAGUCCACUUUGCUCUGCUUGAGGUUGCAUAAACACUCACCGCUUCUGCCUGCCUUUGUCAUCCUAAUAACUCCACUGGUGUUUUCUGGAAUAACAACCAGCCUCUGGGGCUGGCCCUAAAUUCAAGUGAAUGGAGCCCCAAGAUACAGAGAGAUGUCUGCUAUGAAAUAGGGCAGCCAGCAUCUCUUCCUUUAGUUUACCCCUGGUGGCACAAGGUUUCCAUGUGGGGCUGGGUGCAGGGUGUAGAAAGACCACCUGGGAAGGGUUUUACCUGCAUAGUCCUGUUCCUGGCAGGGUCUGGGAGAGUGUGUCUGGAAGGAUGGCCAGGGCUGGCAGUGGGUAAUGAGCUUCCCAGGUAGUUCUGACGCAAGCCCAAGUGUGCAGAGCUAGAACCUCGCCUAGACAGCCAAUGGCAGGGCAAGCCAGUGGUGUUCUGAAUUCUGCAGUCUGGUGUGACACGCCCACUAUCCUCAGACAGAGUGGCACCCCACUGCCCACAGAACCUGAUUCUUUUCCUUCUUCUCCCCUCCUCCUCUCCUGUCAAGUCUUUCCUUCCUCUCUCCCUCUCAGGUCUUCAGCAAAAGUUCUGUUUUAUUUGUAACAGCCCCCUCCUUCCUCCCAGGGUUGGUCCCAGUCCUGAGGGCCCCUCUGAGAGGCCCCCAUCAGUCCUUUCCUCUGCUUGUUGGCUCUGCCUGCCUUUUCUCAGCUUGGCUUCCUCGAGCCUCGCUUGCCCUCCCAUUCUCUGCCAUUUUUGGUUUGCCACUGACACAUUGGUGCUCCAGCAGUUUGCCACUGCUCUCCCUGCCCCUAGUGCCCACUGACAGGAAUUGCACGUCGCAUGUGGACAUAGAUGCUGAAAGCUGGAGGGCCAGGUGAAGCGAUAGGGCUGCAGUGGAUGACAUGCUGGUGGGGCAGUGGGGCACUGAGAGGGCAAGGCCUGUGUGACCUGUUCUGCCCACACAGAAUCUGAGUUGUGCCCCAGACCCUGAGGAGAGGGUGCUUCUGGAGGCUGAGGAGGCCCCAGGCAAAUAGGGUCUGGCUCAAUGGCUGAAACUCUAAGGCAAGAAGUGGAAAGAAGAUGGGAGGAGAAGCAUCCUAUGGAAACAGGGUGUUGAUGCCUAGGAAUGUUGCCUGUCUAGUGUGUAAAAUGUACGUGUAUGUGGGUGGAGUGUGAUGUCAUGGGACUAAAUAAUAGUGCCUUAUGUUAGAAGGGGGCUAUAUGUCACUUCUCAAGUGGGGUUGCCAGAUUUAGCAAAUAAAAACACAUCAUGCUCCAUUAAAUUUGAAUUCCAGAUAAACAAAUAACCUUGUAAAAGUAUAUCCCUUGGGAUAUACUUUAUCUAAAAUUCAAUUUUAAUUGUGCAUCUUGUAUUUUACCUGGCAACUCUGUUUUCAAGGGUACUUUGCUGUAGGGCUGGGACUAGAGACAAGAGAGGGUAUAUGAUUUGAGAGUACUUAAAAAAAAAUCUCUGAUUGUCAAGGUCAGUAAUAUCUUAAUGUGAUAUUUAAAAAAAAUCAAAUCUGCAAACUACAGCCUAUGGGCCAUCAUACAAAUGAUGUUUCAUUGAAACUAGGGCUGGGAUGAGGGUGAGGGGAGCCAGACCAGCUCAUGCAAGUGCAAUUUUGCUCAUUCUGAACUUUUUAGCAUUAAUUUUUAUUUUUAAAUGAUUGCAUUCAAAGAUGAUUAAUGUUGAUUGCUGAGUUGUUUGUCCCCUCCCCAUUGAAUUUUGCUUCUGAGGUCACUGCCCAUCUGGCCCUCACCCUAGUCCUGCCUCUGUCUUGCAAAAGGAGAAACUAAAGCAGCUUCGAAGGCAUUAGGCAAGUGCAGAACAAAGGUCUGUUUUUUUGGUGUACAGGUUAUCCAUGAUUCAAUCACCAAAUCAUAUGUCCUAGUUUUUCUUCUCUGCAAAUGUCCCUGCCUUUUCUCAUGAGCCUAUUAGCUCCAGGAAAUCUGGGGCCAUGUCAUAUUCCCAGCCUGUACCCAGCACAGCUGGUUCUGAGUAGGUGCCCAGUACACGUGCAUCAGAUGACAUGGAUGGAAAUGUCUCAGGAACAUCAGAUGCUGCUGGGGGUCAGUUAUCUGGAACCCUCUCAUUAAUAGGAGACGGAAGGUUUUUUUUCAUAGCUUUGUAAAUAUGUCCUUCCCCCCUUACCCCACAAGCGGGGCGGCAUACACACACUGCUUGCUCUUGUCCUGUUAAUGAUUAAAAUAACAAGUUUAUUUAAUUUGAUUUGUAUUUUGUUGAUUGUUUUGCAUUUGUUUCUCACUGGAGCUGAAGGGCUCCCAUGCCCAAGAGAAUUCAGUGUUCUGUUCCUGGCACUAAGGGGCCUGUUGGUGAAUUUGUGGGGAUGCUAAGAAAUACCUGAGGGGCACUGCACCAGAGGUUGGGGUCCUGUGAGAGCAGGUGGCAAUAGGGGACAGGGCACUUUGGUUUUUCUUCUCGAUGAAGACACAUUUCUGCCAUUGAGUUUACAGGUAUAUGAGGAAGCAGAACUUCAGAGGUGAAGUGACUUCCCAAAGUCUCCAUAGUGGACACAUUUUUACAACUCAUCCCUCUUAUACUAAUAGCACCCACAUCUUCCCCAUUGGAGACUACUUAUCUUCCACUCUUGGUUCCUGAAGUUGAAUUGUCUCAACCCCAUCUUCAGCCCCAACAAUGGACAUGAAACUCUGCUGGCCAGUUCGAGCAUGGCCUCCUCCUGGGCCCAGAUUUUGGAGCAGGGAUGGGCAUAUACCCAGUCAGAGACAGUUCUGGGAUUUUGGCUAAGACUCACUGUACAUAGAAAGGCAUUUUUUUUCUGCUGAAAUUAGAACCAGCACAGGGUAAAGCCUGCCUGAGAAUGGAGCCACCAUGGUAGAAAGCAGAGCCAGGAGGUGGAGAAAGAGCUCCAAGACAUUGUUGGAGGCCCUGGACUGAGCAAGACCUAAAGCUAGUGCUCCUCCUGGAAUUUCAGUUAAUGAAUCAGUAAAUUGCUACCUGUGCCAAAACAGUCCAUGUUGGGUCUUCUGUCCCUUGCAUGAUGUAAUUCAUCAUCACCUCUACCUCCUCUUCAGGCCAGUUAGACUUGAUACUGAUUCUGGGUUCUCUAAGCAUCUUCUCUGCAGAGGCCCCAGGGCUGUACCGGACCCCAGCUCAAGCAGCCUUGCCACCCAAGCUAAUGAAUGUGCUAAUUAGGUCACCACUCUUGGGUUCUUCACUGGCCAGUAGGAGAUCCGGUGACCCUGUUUUACCUCUCAUUGAACAACAGACCAACAAGGCUACUAUGCAGUGUCUGUCAUUUUAGACUCAAGUGACAUGGAUGCCCUGACCUCACAGAGGAGUGAAAAGCCU